AUGAUUUUAUCUUCUUUACACGGUAUACUCGGUCAAAAAUUAUAUGAAGGAAAAUCUAAAACAAUUUACUCAGUAAUUGAUCAACCAAGUCUUAUUUGUAUACAUCGUAAAGAUUAUUAUGAUUCAUCAGAUUCAAUAGUAAGUGCUUCUAGUAGUCGUCGAUCAAGUUUUGAUAGUUCAUUUCGUUUAAAUAAUCAACAACAAAAUCGUAAUAAUGCUUCAAAUUUUAAUAAUGAAUUUAUAAGUAAAGGUAUAUUAACAACAUCUAUAACAACUUGCGUUUAUGAAAUCUUACGUGAAGCAUCUAUACCAACAUUUUAUGUUGCUUCACAUACUCAACCAGAUAUAUUUAUUGCAAAAAAAUGUACAAUGAUACCAAUAUUAUGGAUUAUUCGUCGUAUAGCUAAUGAAACAUACAUUAAACGUAAUCCUGAAAUUAUAAAUGGACAUCGUUUUAUUCCACCAAUUAUUGAAAUUUAUCAUAAACGUCAUUCAAUUGUUUAUAGACGAGCAACAUUAGGAAGUCUUGAUGAAAAUCUUGAAUCAGAUCGUGAAAAUCAAUUAAAUGAUGAUGAUGAUUCUGAUUUAGAUGAAUGUAUUUCAUCAGUAUGGUCUUAUGAACAACUUCUCAAUACAAAUAUUGUUCUUGAAAAUUUGAAAAUUUCAAAAACUGAUAUUGAAUAUAUGUAUGAAAUAUGUUGUACUAUAUUUGAUAUACUGGAACAUGUAUGGAUGGUCGAAAAAAAUUGUCAAUUAAUUGAUUUAAAAGUUGAAUUUGGUAUGACAACUACAACAACUAAAGAAAUUGUUGUUGCAAAUACAUAUGAUAUUGAAACAUGGCAUAUAUUACGACCAAUUGAAAAAAUGACUUCAACAGGAAAUGAUUCAAUUCAAGAAAAUCUUAUUUGGAUAAACAAUGCAUUAAGAGAUAUACUCGAUUUAAAUAUUAAUAAAUCGUUAACAACGAAAAUAGUUUCAAAUUAUAAAAAUGAUGAACAAAAAACAUCGAAUAUUAUUCCUGAAUAUGAUCAUGUUGAUAUAGAUCAAGAUAAACUAUCUCUAAAUAAUUAUUCAACAUCAUUUUUACCAACAAUAACAAAUCGUUGUAUUAUUGUUUGUUCAUCAUUACAUGAUAUUGAACAUGGACAAAAAAUAAAAACAACUCUUAAUGAAAUAUAUAAUAUUCAAUGUGAUAUUCGUCUUUUAUCAGUAUUUAAAUCUACACAAACAAUAUUAAAAUUUUUAUCUAAUUAUUCAUAUGAACAUUGUCGACCAACUGUUUUUGUUACACUUGGAAAUAUAAACAAUGGUCUUGCUAUGUCUUUAUCAUCGAAUUCACAAUAUCCAAUUAUACAUUGCUCAUUAUUAAAUAAAGAACAAUAUAAUAAUUUAUUUGAUACAAAUUCAUUUAUAUCAAAUGAUACAUCAUUAUUUACAGUUGUAUUUACAUUAUCAAGUGCAAUACAUAAUGUCAUACAAAUACUUGCUAUAAAUGAUUGGAAAUUAUGGACGAAACAACGUGGAAGACGUUUUAAAAAAUACAUCGAUUUAAUAAGAGUUGAUCAACAAUUAACAACAAUGCAAACAAUUAAAAUGAAUAAUGGAAUGUUAAUUAAUAAAUAA